CAGCACUAGUCUCCCGUGUCCUCGGUGGAGCUACAGGCGCCCGUCCCAGUACGAUCACUGCGUCGUCACUGUCGUCACCUUGUCUCCGGAGCAUCGUGAUGGCCUACCGCACCGCGCUUCUGCUGCUGCUGGUGGCAGCGGUCACCCUCGCCCAGGAGCCCAGCUACAGAAGUGGCUACUUCCAGUACGCCAACGUCAAGGGGCCCACAGAGUACGCCUACGGGUACCGCCGCGGCAGCCCGCACCACCACCGGGCGCACCACCAGAGGAAUAAGGACCACACGUUCCAGGCCAAGGUAACCUGGGGCGACUACAGCGGAGGUCAGGGCGAGCACUACUUCGAAUACAACCACGGUCCCAAGAAAACCGCCCACGAAAAGUCGCGGGAACAGGCGCCUCGCGCCUACGACCCUCGGCCCUACACGUCCAAGCAUCUGUCAUACUAGGCCUGCGGACCUGAAAAUUGUCCGUAUUCAUCGAUGCUUGACACUGCCAGACCGUCUUUCGUGUGUAUUUUAAGUUUUCGUGCUUAUUAAGCCAGAAUGUCAUCACGAGGCUACAUGGCACAUGCAACAGCGCCGCGUUGUCAAUGGACUCCACAUUACGUAACAGAAUGUCAGGGAUUGCCAGCGAAUGUUCUCAGUUCUUUCGACUCAAUUAAAAGCGGAUACAUGUUUUAAUUAUUCAUUGCCACUUCGAAAUUCUUCUGUUACUUUGUUGUUGUUUAGAGGGUCUAAAAAGCGAUUUAGUUUUACCGCCGUUUGAAUAUGUUAUUACUGCGCUGUUUUUUUUCUUCAAAUUGUUACGUUUUGUCUGGUUGGUUAGUGUGCGUUAUUGUUGCGAUUCAUGCUAAGGUGAUAAUCAAAAUAACAUUAGGAAAUAUUGUCAUCGUGAUUAUAAUAAUGCAUAUGAAUUAAUACAGAUGCCUUUAAUACAAAGGACGCUAUAAACUUUUUAGAUGCGGGCCAGGUAAAACAUGCAAAAAGUUCACGGAUCAUAUGUUUUGAACGAUCGCAAUUCAUACCAAUCCAAUGGUAUGCGAGACGGACAGAUGAAUCGAACAUAACUAGACGGUACUUAUCAACGAUUCAAACGACCUACGAGGCCAUUAUCAAUUAAUCACUAACGGACCGCUACCAACGCUGUUUAGGGGCGGAAGCAUGUAACAUGUAACCAGGUGUUCGAUGGCCGACCCUGCACUGUCAGAUAGAGGCGGUCUGUGCAAUGUGCGGUACUUGUGUAGCCGUCAGCGGCGGUAGAUCGUCCGCACCAACGCGCCCCAGCGCGGCGUUACGAGCAUGCCGCACGCUGCACACCUAGGGGAAUUGGGGUAUGGGCGAGGGC